GAUAGUUCUCUCCGCACCCUUGCAUUGUGUUUGGGACUGACGAACGUGUAAGUUCGUUGCAUUUUGGAUACUAUUGAGGUUGCGUAUUGAAAAAAACAAGAUGAAGUUAUUUUACUUCUUGUUAUUCCUAUUGGAUCCUCAAUAUUCAACUAAAAUAUUAUGUGGUGUGACUAUUAGGCCGCCGACUACUAAAGAAAACUACACGGCUUUGUAUAACAUACUUGUAUGUCCUGAAGGCUUCUUUGUGUCAAACAAAACCAAAAUGUGCCAGUUGAUAACAGAUAAUUCCAGUUAUUGCCCGGAAGGCUUUGAGCAUGCACCAAACAACACAACUGUAUGCAUACUUGACACUCUUAAUAAUGAAAUGUGUCCUGACGGUUUCAAGUAUGCAGAACUCGAGUCAACAUGUGUUUUAGCAAUCGCCAUCCGUUUUGAAGACAACAACAGAAGCAGUUGCCCUGCGGGAUCAGUCAACCCUCCCAUCAACUGCACAACUUGUGCUUCUACUCAAUCAUCUACCACUGCCACCAGCCAUGCACCAACUACUGCCACCAGCCGUGGAACAACAACUACUGCUGGACAAAAAGAACUGGAGAGUAUACCGGACUAUGGCAUCGCUCUGAUAGCUGUAUCUGUUUUGAUUGUUAUAGGAUUAACUAUUGGUGUAGCAGUAUACAUAUGUUACAGAAGACAGAGGAAUGCCAGCAGUUCUCAAGAUGCAGGAGGAGAGGUUUGUAAACAUUAUUAUAUUUCUGUGUUCAGUGGCGGAUCCAGAAAAUCCAUUUAGUGGGGGGGCCCCAAUGAUAUGAGGCGGAAUGCCCAGGGAACUUUGUGCCCCCUUCCCCCUACUUUUCAGAUAAUUUGCUUUAUAAUAGUGUAAAAGUGUGUAAAUAUAAAAGUGCACACACACACACACACACACACACACACACCGCCCCCACUUUUUCGCACCUUCCUACGCCACUGCAAAGUGAAUUGAUGAACAUUGAUGCUGCUUCCAGAUUCGGUUACAAGCUCUUCAUGCGUUUCGAAACACUUUGAACCUAUUUCUGUUCAGCCAGUGAACGUUUCAAUAACGUUCGCGAACUAUUUGACUGGUUCCCGACGUGGCCAUUUGAUUCAACGUGAAGCGCAUAAACCAGUUUAGCAGACGUUUUUCUGCUCGGUCUGGCUGAACACAGCCCUGUUCGGUUCUAUUAAUGACGUCAUGUACAAAAGCAAUAGGCCAUUCACAUUUUCUAUUUUGCAAGUUACCUUAAAGGUAAGGUCUCACUACACAGAUGUCAUUUGCCAUUGAAAUCCAUGUUAAAUUGCCCAACUUCAAAUGAAGAUUGCCAAUAGAACGGGUUCUCGUUGGCACUACAUAAUACACCAUUGCGAACAUAUACAAUUAUUUAAGCAUUUAUUUUUACUCGGAAGUCAACCGUGUAUAGUGAGACCUAAAUGAAAACUGGAAGGAAAUGUUUUACUUAACGACGCACGCAUGGGCGUCAUUUGCAAGGAAAAAGUGGGGGGGGGGGGGGACAAUUGGGUUCUAACAAUAUUUCGUGCGACUAAUCGCGAGCGCCCUAGGCGUGAAGCGACUCUAGGGGGGUCUGGGGGCAUGCCCCCCCCCCGUCCCAGAAAAUUUUGAAAAAUGAAGGUCACUGUGGCUGUCUGAGAACAUUAUUUAGAGUAGUGCACUACCAUGUACACUGAAUAUUUUUCUGAAAUAUAUACUGCAAUUUACAUUCACAUAGUUUCCAUCGAGUCAUUGUAAAAUUGGGGGGGACAUCAGAUAUUCUGUCCCAUCCCCCCCACUGCUAAAAGUGGGGGGGGGGGGACGUCCCCACUGUCCCCCACCAAAUGACGCCCAUGGACGCACGCAACACAUUUUAUUUAUGGUUAUAAUAUGGCGUCGGACAUAUGGUUAAGGACAACACAGAUAUGGGCUAUUCUUUUCGAUUAACAGCAAGGGAUUUUUUAUAUGCACCAUAGUACAUAC